UAUCUGUAAAAUGGAAACAACUAUGCCUACCUUUCAGGGCGCUUUUGAGGAUUAGAGGCUAGGGCCUGGCACACAGUAGGUAAUAGUAAAUGGGUGCUAUUAUAUGGCUCAACCCCUCGUUGUGGGACAGAAUGGGCUAACGGACGUGUCAGAAUCUGCGACCUCCCGAUCUCAUAGGGUAGAGAGGGUUCCCCGCGGCCUCCUCCCUUUAGGAGGUGGGGACAAGGUGGAGGAAGGGCUGCAGGAGGAGGAGCUCCCGCAUCGCUACCCGCCCCGUCCCGUCCAGUCUGGUCUGGGCGCCGAGGGAACAACUGUUCUAGCUGCCGCCACCGGAGCAGCCUGUCUUGCUGCCCGGGUGCCCUGCCCCGCGUCCAGUCAUGACCCUGCGCCCCUCACUACUCCCGCUCCAUCUGCUGUUGCUGCUGCUGCUCAGUGGGGCGACGUGCUGGGCUGAGGCUGGGUUUGAAACCGAAAGUCCCGUCCGGACCCUCCAGGUGGAGACCCUGGUGGAGCCCCCCGAACCGUGUGCGGAGCCCGCUGCUUUUGGAGACACGCUUCACAUACACUACACGGGCAGCUUGGUAGAUGGACGUAUUAUUGACACCUCCCUGACCAGAGACCCUCUGGUUAUAGAACUUGGCCAAAAGCAGGUGAUUCCAGGUCUGGAGCAGAGCCUUCUAGACAUGUGUGUGGGAGAGAAGCGAAGGGCAAUCAUUCCUUCUCACUUGGCCUAUGGAAAACGGGGAUUUCCGCCAUCUAUCCCAGCGGAUGCAGUGGUGCAGUAUGACGUGGAGCUGAUUGCAUUGAUCCGAGCCAACUACUGGCAAAAGCUGGUGAAGAGCAUUUUGCCUCUGGUAGGCAUGGCCAUGGUGCCAGCCCUCCUGGGCCUCAUUGGGUAUCACUUAUACCAAAAAGCUAACAGACCCAAAGUCUCCAAAAAGAAGCUCAAGGAAGAGAAACGAAAUAAGAGCAAAAAGAAAUAAUAAAUGAUAAUUAAAAAAAAAAA